CAUCCGCAAUUAUUGAAUGAGCUUUCAUCGUUAUCGUCCGUGUCUAUCCAUACUGGAAGUCAAAACAUGGAUCGCGACAAUGCUUCAUCGUCAAAACAAACUGUAUCAAGCGAUAAACGCAAGCCGGUUUCUGGUACGAAUAAUGCAAUGGUAGACAAUGUACCGUCCACAUCGAUGGUAGCUCGUUCUUCUUUGGAUCACUUUUCGUUUAUGGAAACAACUGCAUCAACUUCGGGUGCUUGUCUACGAAAACUUAAGCCCCUUUCAUCUACUGCUUCAAUGGCAACGCAAACGGAUUUUUCUAGUGGACAGAACGUGGGAUUAGAUGCCAUACUAGAAAAAUUAGAGACCAUGCAGAGGGAGCAACAAAGACAGGCAGACAUAUAUCAGAAGAAAAAAUGCUGGAUAUGGAGAAGCAGCAGAAAUUAA